CCGAGAGCUUGCAUUUGGCUUUUACAGAGGCAGUAGAUUCCGAUACAUGUCUGCUUAAGCCAUCAGCAGAAAACUAACAGGCUUCCUACAGUCUCUUUGGAAAAACCUGUUCCUGUCGCUCCCUUUGUUCUCCAUCUCAGAAGAUGCACAUCAGGGGAGCUGCCUGGUAACUGGAGCGUUCACUUGACCAGCACUGAGCUUCGGUUCACUUGUUCACUUUUCACAUCCAUGUCAUCUCCAGGACUCACCGAAAAUAGUCAGAGGAAUCCCUCUGAACUCGAUGCCGAGCACACCCAGAAGGUCCUGGAAAUGGAGCACGCCCAGCAAGCGAAGCUGAAGGAGCGGCAGAAGUUUUUCGAGGAGGCCUUCCAGCAGGACAUGGAGCAGUACCUUUCCACAGGUUACCUGCAGAUAGCGGAGAGGAGAGAGCCCAUGGGCAGCAUGUCGUCCAUGGAAGUGAACAUUGACAUGCUGGAGCAGAUGGAUCUGAUGGACAUCUCUGACCAGGAGGCCCUGGACGUCUUCUUGAAUUCCGGCGGCGAAGACAACACGGCACUGUCUCCGGUCUCAGGGCCCGCCUCGGGGGUCGGUCGGCACGACAUCACUCUCCCGGUCCCAAGGGCCGCCGAAUCCCAAGCUGCGCGGCCUUCCUCGCUGUCCGUCUGCCCCGAGCUGGCUGCCCCGGCCCCCCGCGACCGUGGCGAGUCCCCCAUCGUCCAGUCUGACGAGGAGGGCGUGGACGUGGACACAGCCCUCGCCACGUUACACACGGACGACAGCGACUCCUAGGUCUGCGUGCUCCCACCGUGUGUCCCCUCACUGUGCAGGCAGGUGGUUUUUACCCAGUUUGCCAGUAAUGUGUGAGAAACUGACUAAGAACAGCUGACAAUAAAGUUCGUACGGAAGGGCUUCUA